AUGAAGUUCUCCCUUACUCUCGCGGCUUCGACCCUCAUCUCCGCCGUGGUUGGCGAUGCCGUCCCCUGGGAGAGACUCAACAAGAACGACUCCAUGCUUCUGGUUGUCGACAUGCAGGAGGGACUCUUCAACCUCGCCCGCGACUUCGACCCGACCCUCUACCGCAACGCCAUGCUGGCUCACUCCUCUCUGGCCAACAUCUUUGACCUUCCCGUCGUCCUGACCACCUCCGCCGAGACCGGUAAGCCAAACUUUGCCUCUAAGCCAACUGUCAUCUCGACCAAACCGCUAACACAGCCAGGCCCCAAUGGACCUCUCCCUCAGGAGAUCCUCGACAUGCACCCCACGGCGCCCCUGAUCAAGCGCAACGGCGAGGUCGACGCCUGGGACAACGCCGACUUCCGCGACGCCGUCCGCGCCGCCAACAAGUCGCAGAUCAUCCUCGCGGGCAUCACCACCGACGUCUGCACCACCUUCCUCGCGCUCUCGCUCCGCGCCGAGGGCUACUCCGUCUGGGCCAACGUCGAGGCGUCCGGCACCACCACCGAGCUCAUCCGCGACAUCUCCAACGACCGCAUGGCCGCCGCCGGCGUCCAGGUCGUCUCGCUCUUCUCCAUCUCCCUCGACCUCAUGCGCGACUGGCGCAACACCCCCGGCGCCAACGAGCUCUUCUCCUGGCUCGACGAGUACUACCCCGCCUACGGCUACAUUGCCCGCGGGCACCGCGCCGCUGUCGAGAACGGCACUGUCAGCGAUGCGCAGAAGACCCUGCCUCUGCGCUGA